UGGAGGAUGGCUGCAGCUCCUUUGACGUUGCGUUGGAAGUGGGCAAGAAGAUCAAAUCUUUGCAAGUUGCCAAAUGCGAGGCAUCUUCAGAAAAGGACAAGAAAGACAUCUUCGAUUUCAUCAUCUCCAAAUUAGGGAGCCUCAGGCGGAUGGAUAAACAAAUUCGAGCGCUCAUGGCUGAAAUGCUGAUGCGAAAUCUGUCCAACGUGGAACGGGCAACGGGAAAUCUUGUGGACAGCCUGGGCCCAGUCGUGACUCUGAAUGAAGAGUGUUUUCAAUCACAUGUUGCUUCAGGAAUCCUCCAGAUCUAUUCAAAUUACAGUAAAUUUUGUACACAUUGUGACUUCUUGAGCACGCACAAGACCGUGACUCGUCCAAUGGAGUUAACCCACUUGAGCAACUAGCAGUGAAUCAGUUCUGGCAUGUCAUAGCUGUUCGACCAGCAACCCAAAGAUUGUGCUGCUGGUUGCUCAACGCGUUUUGCAAUGCUUGACGCGGCUUGAACCGAAA